GUAAACCCAUAUCAGAUAAUCUGUUUACAGCCGCAGCGCAUUAUAAUUGUAGCCUCCUGCAUAACAAUUAUGGAUCUGCACCAAUCAUUCAUCAGACGUCUUUCGGGGACAGUAGAUUCGAGAUUGUGAAACGAAAUACAAUAAUUGUGUGUGUUGUUGUGUCUAUCGCCAUACGCACAGAGAAGACUUAUAAACCACGUGAUAGUAUAAAUUGAGUGGUCGUAUAAACAGUUAUAAUAAAUAAUAAGUAUUCCUUAUUGGCAUUUUUAUUAUAGCAAAAUAGAUAGCCUAUCUAAACAAUGCUUAUUAUUUUUUGGCCCUAAAACGAAAAGCAAUACAGCAGUCCUCUGAUACAUGGGCCAGGGCGUCAGAAUAACACCUGGUAGGUCUGAUAAUCAGGAUGAAAUGGGAUUCCAUCUACCAAUUGCAAUCCUUAUCCUCAUCCACUGGGCCUGGCCUGCUGCUCUGAGGACUUCAAACGCCUGGCCCGCGCCCGCAUGGACAAUCUAAGCCCCGGCCGCCGCGCAGGCGUCGCCAGUGGUGGACAGUGGUGGAGGCUUUGUACUUUUACGAAGUAAAAGUACAAUAAAAGAGGCUUUGUACUUAAAUCGUACUUUUUACUCCAUUCGAAAAAAACAUGUCGUUCCUUUCAACGUUCCUUUCCAAGACAUGCAUGCUGUGUGUGUGUGUGUGUGUGUGUGUGUGUGUGUGUGUGUGUGUGUGUGUGUGUGUGUGUGUGUGUGUGUGUGUGUGUGCGUGUGUGCCUGCGCGUGCCCCCUGUGCGUGUGAACGUGAUUGUGGGCACGUGUGUGUCUGUCUGCGCUUGGCCCCUGCGCGCGAGGGUGUGUGUGUGUGUGUUUGUUUGUGUGUGUGUGUGUUUGUUUGUGCGUUUCUGCGAGUGUGUCUCUCUGAGCGUUGCCCCUGCGCGUGUGUGUGUAAGUGCGUGUGUGUGUGUCGGUGUGCGCAGCAUGCGUGACCAUAGACAAUAAAGUGACAGAUCCAAAAGUGUACCGAUCAGAACAAAUCGUGAUUCGUGCAGUUUGGGCGGGUUUCUCCCAACUUUGCUUUUGUCCUCGUGUGUCUGUUUAGCCUUCGAAUUUCACUGUCACGUUUGACGUUUAUAGAUAACACACAAUAAUGGAAGAAGCGCCAGAUAUUGAAAUUGAGCCCCCAUGGCCAUAUUUAAGCAAACUAUUUGAAGUAGUGCCUUUUUUAAGAAGCAUACGAUUUCCUCUUUCAAGAAUUCGCCGUCCAAUCUAAUAGGUAAUCAUGAUAAUUUCAAAUUAUAUCAGUACCAGAAAUCACAAAUAGAAAACAUUGUGUUGGUGGGGUUUCUUUUAACCUUAAAUUAGUGUAUAAAGGACAUAGCAAGACAUUGGAAUUACAUUACACCAAAUUACUUUUACUUUUGAUACUUAAGUACAAUUAUAGCCAAGUACUUUUAUACUUUUACUCAAGUCGACGUUUAAAGUCCACUUUUACUGGAGUAAUAUUUCAACCUCAACUUUUGCUCAAGAACGUGGUCUGAGUACUUCGUCCACCACAGGUCGUCUCAUCCUCACCAGUGGUAGCCCUCGGUUGGGUGACAACACAGAACGAUAUAGACACUGAAUACAUGAUAAAACCAAGACUCGAGGUGUCCUUCACUGAGAUCUUCCAUUGUUAAAUCUGAUUCGUCGAGACAGACAUUUGAUCGUCGAAUCGUAUAUAUUAUUUUAUUUAUGCGUCUCGAUAAUGCAUCAUUUUUUGGGGACUUUGGUAUGGUUUAAAUGGUGAAAAUAAUGCAUUGCUGAAUAGGGUGCAGUGCCUUCACUCAAUGAUCAACCAUAUAAUAAACUCCAUCUAUGAAGACAGAGGGCCCUAUUUUAACGGUCUGAAACGCAAAUCAGAGUUGCUUGGCGAUGUCGCUAUUUUUCCGCUAUUUUACCGGCACAAAAAAUUACUCUUGCGCCCAGCGCAAAUCUAAAAAGGGUUGGUCUGAAGUAGCCUAAUUACCCGUAGGUGUGGUUUGGGCGUAACAUGCAACAAACCAAUGAGAGUGCCAGCUCCCAUCCCCUUUAAGAGCCAUGAGCGCAUUUGAAUCAAGUUAAUAAGUUAAUAUUUUGACAGCGCGUCUGCAGUCUCCGAUGAGACAGAUACACAUGAAUUUCAAACUUCAAAUGGCUCAGUCUAUGGCCAAAUAUGAUGGCCUAAUUCACACAUGGAAUAAGGUUUUCUUCCACAACUUCAGAAAUACUGAGUCCUCAAAUAAAUUUCGGCAAAGAAAACUCUAAUUAAUGGUAGCGCAAUACAUUAUAAACAUUGUUUCUUAUCAGUAUUGCAUGCAUCAUCGUUAUCGACUUGUGUUCCUAAUAUGCAUGUGUCCCCCCGUUAAUAUACAUUGCCCUGGACUGUAUUAUGCGUUACGUGUUUAGUUUGCGUGUGUUUAAACAGAUGGACGCACACAUGCGCGCCCGCAUUCAUUAAUUAUUUUACACAUACACACACGCGCGCACGCAUUCAUUCAUUCUUUUUAACACUCACUCGCGGUAAAACAAUGUUUUCUCACGAUCAAAUACUCAUCAAUCCUAAAAGUUAUGGGCAUGUACACGAUUUCUGUGUCAAGAAAAUAUGUGUUUGCUGUACGGUGUUUGCAGAUGCAUUGAUUUAAAAGUACAACUUAUUACCGCUGUAUCAGCUGUUAUUUACCAAAUAAUUUACCAAGAAUUUGUGGCGAGGUAGAUGAGAGAAGCAAAGUGUAUGCACGAGGUGCACAUGCAACAUUAUGCAUGCGCCCUUAAAAUAGCAUCUGAACAACGCCCCACUGACUUUAAACCAAGUAUUUCCUGGUUUGUGGCGCAAGUGGUUUCUGAAACUGCACCAGGGAAUGUUUGCACCAGAACACAUCUCCUCCUUUCGCCGAACUGCCCCAUGGGGCGCAGGAUCAUUCCCUAAUUUACCUACGAGUGGCGCAGGAGGGAAAAUAACGCUCUACGCCAGUUGCAAACAAGCAACGACACAUGUGCCAGUGAUUAAGUUAAUUGCGCCGGAUGCAAGAUAGGACCCAUAGAGUUUAUUGAACUCCAACGAUAAAGAAAAUGAGGAAAGCGUUUCACUCAGAAUUUUCAAAUACUUGUGGAUGAUUUCAGUGUAUAGAACAAAUUUGGCACCAAUUUCAAUUGAGCAGACUGGCGAAACUGCACUACCGAGUACCAAUGGAGAUAAUGCGCCAGAAAAGGUUUUGAAUUGCUUUAUUCCCCUGAUAUUUUAUAACCUACUAGACUACUUCAAAGACCAAAGUAAUUGUAUAGUGCAAGUGUCAAUAGACAGAGUGGUUAUCAAACAAAGAAUAAGGACACUAUUGAAAUUAAAACAGCAAAUUGGACUUCAACCCCCACAAAAGAACAUCACAUGACUGACAAGCUUUUCCUUUUAGAAUCGAGUAAUCAUUUGGUAUAACACUACUGAAUAAACUAGACUCAGGAAAAAAAUAUUAAGCACUAAUCUACAAAUCCAAUAACUUAACCUUUCUAAGUUCUUAACAUCAGGACAUGAAAUGUUCUGAAAGAAAUUAAACAGAAAUGUGUCUCCAAAGAAGACAACAUUUUCCCCAAGAGAUGCUUUCAUAACUCCAGACAGGACAUGACAUGAGCGUCUGCCUCUGCCCAUGUAACAGAUAGACAAUCGCCCCGGGCCAUAUUUUCUAAGGACGUGUGAGGCAGCGACUGGGAUCCGUACACUUUCUGUACAUAGACUCAUCUCGCAUUGUAAAUGCUUACCCUUGUAUUUUCGAGAGAGAUCAUCUGUUAUCCGUGACGCGCAGACAUCCAGGUGGCUGUGAGAAAAAGGACAUUGCGAAUCUGCAGAGUUCUUUGACAUGUUGGAGAAGAUGCAGGAUGACUACAUACCCUACCCACGAAUAGAAGAUGUCCUGGAGAAGGGGGGUCCGUACCCGCAGGUCAUCCUGCCCCAGUUUGGGGGCUACUGGAUCGAGGAUGCUGAGGCGCCUGUGGGUACCCCCACCUCGUCCGAGUCCAGCUUCUGUGAGGAGGAGGAGGUGGAGGACGGCGGUGGAGGAAGUGGGGGCAGCCCUGGCGCCGGUCACGGGUACCGCUUGGAGUGUAACGGCACUGCGCGCGCCUACCGCAAACACUUCCUUGGCAGGGAGCACAUGAACUACUACUGCACCGGCAGCAGUAUAGGACACCUCAUCAUGUCGCUGAAACAAGAGGAGGCGGAGAGCCAGGAGUUUUUGCGUAUCAUGCUCAGGGCGAGAACCAAGACUGUCCACGACAGGAUUUCUCUGGCAGGCCUCAGCCAGCUGCCCAGCGUACCUCAGAUAGCCAAGCUCCUGUGCGAUGACGCCACGGGCCUGAAGUUCAGCCCGGUCCUUUACCCCAGGGGUUCCCAGUUGAUAGUGGCUUAUGAUGAACAUGAGCUCAACAACACCUUCAAGUUUGGGGUCGUCUACCAGAAAUUUGGACAGACGUCAGAGGAGGAAUUGUUUGGAAACAAUGAGGAAACGCCAGCUUUCCGGGAGUUUCUGGAUGUUCUGGGAGAAAACAUUGAGCUGCAGGACUUUAAAGGGUUCCGUGGGGGGCUGGACGUGUCCCAUGGACAGACGGGCAUGGAGUCGGUCUACACAGUCUUCAGACAGCGAGAUAUCAUGUUCCACGUCUCCACCAAGCUUCCCUACACUGAGGGGGAUGUGCAGCAGCUCCAGAGGAAAAGACACAUAGGAAAUGACAUUGUGGCGGCCAUCUUCCAGGAAGAUGCCACUCCGUUCGUCCCGGACAUGAUCGCCUCCAACUUCCUGCAUGCCUACGUUCUGGUUCAGGUCCAGGACCCAUGCACGGAAAACACCAUGUACAAGGUGUCCGUCACAGCCAGGGAAGACGUUCCACCUUUCGGACCUCCCCUCCCUAACCCGGCUGUCUUCAGGAAGGGUCCCGAGUUUCGAGACUUCCUGCUGACGAAGCUGAUCAAUGCAGAAAAUGCCUGCUACAAGUCAGACAAAUUUGCCAAACUAGAGGGCCGAACGCGGGCUGCAUUGCUGGACAACCUCCAUGAUGAGCUACACAGACAGAGCCAGGCCACGCUGGGCGUGAGCGUGGCUGGCGACGACGACCGGCUGGAGAACGGCGGUCACGGAGGACUGCUGGAGUCCUUCAAGAGGGCCAUGCGUGUGCGGAGCCACUCCAUGGAGACCAUGGUAGGGCCACAUCGCCACCGCAGCCCCGGGGUGGGCGGCGGGGUCCCGGCCAGCCUCAGCGGGGGGGUGCUGCCCCAGAGCUCCAGCGAGCUGACCAAAAGCACCUUCAAUCCUCCGGUGAUGUCGGCCAAGUCCCCGCUAAAGAGCCCCGUGAAGCGGCGCUCCGGCCUCUUCCCCCGCCUCCACUCCAGUACGGAGAACCCCUCGGACAGACAGUCGCGCAGUGACCAGAAGCACCCGGAGGGCUGCUCGCUGUCACAGGAAAUGAGGUCAGAGACGUCCUCCAAUCCCAGCUCGCCGGAGGUCUGCCCCAACAAAGAGAGGCCCUUUGUGAAGCAGAAGGAGUGCAGCAGCCUCAGUGGAAGCACAGGGAGCAGGCCCAACAUCUCCCGCUCCUCCUCCAGCACCAGCAGCUUCAGCAGCACCACCGCCGAGACGGAGGCCCUGGAGGAGCUGGACAUAGCCAGCCAUGCCUCCAUGGCCUCCUCCCUGGUCUUCAGCCCGUGCCUCAGCACAGACAGCCAAGGAACCAGCACCCCGGUCAUCAUGUGCCGCAGUCCAACAGAUGUGAAAACUAAGACGUCUCCCAGGUCAAAUUUGAAGUUUCGAUUUGACAAGCUGAGCCACUCCUCUACGUCUGAUUAGACAGAUGAAGCGGAACUACAGACUGUUUCUCAACAUUGGGAAACAACAAGGCUCAAGGAGCUAUCCUAGCGUUCAACAAACAAAAGAGUACCACAGACGACUGUAUAAGCCCACUGUCAACGCACUUCACUAAGCCAAGCGGCAUCCCUCUGAGAGACGGACGCACCGUCUGUACGCAGGGGGUCUGCUGGUGAAUACUGUGAGAGUAUAUUCAAGACAAACUGUAGCGCAAGUGUCGCUUUUAUCCUUAGCUACAGAUAUCAAUGUUAAUGCCUAACUGAUGGUAUCGCCACAGGCUGCUUUCCAGUUGCCAAUAAAACUGUCGUUGUUCACACAUACAAACAAGCCAUUUGUCAACUGUGAGUGUGGAAUGGGCAGGACUGUCUAGCCUAGAGGUACGCAAACAGGGGAUUUACGGAUCAAUUAAGGAGAGACUAUGGCUGAACUGUUACUUGUCGUGUUAAAUGUGGAUUAAUUUAUACAAAUAACAAAUGCUAUAUCAACUACAAAAACACCAGAAGAAUCAACUUUUUCCUUUGUCUCCCUGUAAUGGUAUAUCAGAAAGAAUCCCAAUAUAAAAACAUCCCAAAACGAUACCAUACAUAACACCCAUACUUGCUUAUAUAACACACAUACAGUACACACACCAUACAUGAUCUACACAAACACACACUGUAGCAUACUGCACAGAAGCAGCACUUCUUCCUAACCCCCUAGCCCUUUCCCCUGGCCUAUCUGAAGACCUUUAGCUCUUUGUGAGCCUCCAAGUGGUCCGGUUCUGUUUGUGACAUCAUGAGUACAGUGAACCUCACACUCAUGAUGUAAAAUACAUAACCUAAAAUACGCUUAUUGCUUGUGCAACAUAAUUGAAGUACCCUUUCAUGGAGGUUCUUUAGGAAGGAGGGAGUCUGUUAGUGCUCAUCAAAUCAAUAGCUAUCUUAAAACUAUACAAUCCAUCCUAUUGUGCCAUUACCUUAUUUUAGCCAAAGUUGCGCCUUACAAUCUAUCUAAAAACACACUUUCAGCAUUGGUCUCGUCUCUCUCUCUCCCUUGCUCCCUUCCUCUUUUGCUUCUCAUUUAGGAAGUAGAGGUACAUUUGGACCUGGUCGUAGUACUUGUGAGAGUUUAGCACGAAAUAUGCUGCAGAUCCUCGUUGCACAUUCUGAAACCAUGUUAGGAAAAUACAUCCCAAAUGCAGCUAUACGUACUUGUAUCUGUGUUAAUGUUUGAUGUAAUCUUUGCAGUUCUACUCGACCCACCACGUGGGAGAGUUGAACUUGAUGUGGCAUUCUAUGGUUUUUCGACCAGAUUGAACAUCUGUCUAAAACACCGGACUUGGGAGCUUUAAUAGAAGCACAUAGGAUCAUGCAUAUUAACGCUUUGUGAGUUUUAAGCUAAGCUCAACAUUUCUCUGAACAGAUUUGCAAAAGGCAAUUGCGGGCGACUACGGAAGAAAAAAACAGAAUAGUGAAUAGCUCUGGAGUGCAGUCUCGUUUAACCCCGAGGGGUGUAUAAUAAACAUUGCAAGCACAAGCAGCAAAGGAAGGGGAAAGCUAUUUUCGUAAUUUGACCAAAUAACUCAAAAAAUUAUUUGAGAAAUACAGAUUCCGAGGCAGGCUACAAUAAUUGUGAAAUAAUUCACUGUUUCUUUCAGAGAGGGUUAAUCACUUCCUCCCUCAGGGAAGUAGGCCUGCGAGAGUAAUUUUAAAGGAAACGGCUGCUGACUAGGAAGUGUAGGUUCUGUCCUUUCUGGAGAAGUACUCAACAAGCAAACAGUCCCAGAUAGCAACACUGUUUGUGUGUACACAUGUAUACACACUGAAGGCCUCUUUGUUUUAUUAUUGUCCACAGUAGAGGUUACAAUUUUGAACAGCAGGUGAGAAUAGGAGCAAUUGACGAAUAACAAGUCCUAUGUCUUUAUCAUUGUAGCGGGUAUUGCCUACACAGCCUUCUCUCUGUAAUUUAUUCAGUUAUGCCUUUUGUUGCAUUGAUGUCAUGUAAAAUAAAUGUAACUGCUGAGUAUGCUAAUGAAAGAUAUUAACGAAAUAAUUAAAUAUACAUUAAUUUAUUAGAGGCCUAAAAAAUGUAUAUGUAUAUUUGGUUAUGUAAUGUGCCAUUGAGAGUUUAUUCUGAAAUAAAAUGUUGUAUUUUG